AUUUCCAGCCAUGCCUGGAGAAUCCAAGAAAGACAAGAAACAACAGGAAGAUGAUAAGCCAGUGAUUCACUCUGGGAUCUACAUCUUCCCAAAUGGAGAUAAAUAUGAGGGUGAAUUUAUCCAUGGUAGUGAUGGGUCAGUUGAGCGGUCAGGUCAGGGAAUACACACCACCACAGAUGGAACAGUCUACAAUGGCCAAUGGGGAUCAGAUAAGAUGAAUGGACAAGGAAAACUAAGCAAUCCAUCAGGGGCAGUUUAUGAGGGAUGUUUUAAUAACAACCAGUUUCAUGGCCGAGGAAAAUAUACCUGGCCAAAUAAUUCAUUUUAUGAAGGUGAAUUCCAGGAAAACAGGAUGGAGGGAGAAGGACAGUUCACAGACACAGAAGGCCAGGUAUGGGUUGGAACAUUUAGAUACAAGGCUGCACCAGGACUCAAGUUUAAACUCAACUUAGACUGAAUAACCACAAGAAUCAUACAGGACAAAUGUUAAC